AUGUCAACUGCCACUGUCUACAUUUUAGCAGUUUUCUUAUUGAUAGCUUGCUUGACACUUCCAAGUCAUCAAGCAAGAUCAAGAAACCCCUUGUCCGCAUCUAAAACAUGUUACCGUUACACUUCUUCCGAUUCUAUUGCCUCACUUUCUGGAACUUUUUAUGGAAGUUUUGUUUCACCUGCACCAAAGGUUUGUCCAGGACCUACUGGAACAUGUGAUUUAUAUAUUAAUGCUAUGAGUUGUUUGGGAUGGGCUGGUCCUUUGGGUGCAUCUGGACCAUUGGCUUCUUUGGGACCACUUUCACACGAGAUUCCUAGUCCUAACGGUGUUGUUAAAAUUAUGCAAGAUUUUACUAAACAAAUCAUGGGUAGUUCAAGUUUGGAUAGUUUUAAAUUUUUAAUGACUGACAAUGUUCAAAAUCCACUUUCAAAUGCUGGACCUUUGGGUGAUGCUUACUAUAAGGUAAUGCCUUUGAUUAAUGAUCUUACCAAGCACAUGCAAGGUUUGGGUGUUUGGUCUGUUUUGGGUCCUUUGGGUCCUUUGGGUCCAUUAGGUCCUUUGGGUCCUCUUGGUAUGAUGGGUAUUCAUAAUUAUCAAAAGAAUGAUAAUGGAGAUUAUGUUGAUUCCAAGGGUAAUAUUCAAACUUCACUCAAAGUUGCUUGGGAUUCUAAAACAACUGUUCAAUGGCCACUUUUUGAAGAUUAUUCCAAGUCAAGAGCUAUGGAAUUAUCUGCUGCUGGUAAAUUGGAUACUAGUUUCAUGGUUGCUAGUAUUGGUUCAUUGCAAGCUGAUGUUUAUACUGUCAAUGUUGCUGAACCUCAAUAUGUCACAAUUUUGGCCUCUCCUGCCAUCUAUGCCAAGAAUUUCAUCUUGCAAGUUAGAGAGAAAAAGACCAAGCAUAUUGUUGCAGAGACUGGUAAAUCAAUUUCUUUCACUCCUUGGGUUCAAUUCCUUGUUACAAAGGAUCAAUUGAGUAUGGGACCAGUUCAAUAUGAAAUUUCAAUCAAGGUUGAUCCAUUGGAUUGUGGUGCAUUGAGCAUGAUUCAAUGUUUUAUUGAAUAUUAUUUAUAUGUUGUUGGAUCCACUUCUCAAAUGUUGAGACAACCAACUAUUGAAUAUUCUGGACCUUAUAUUAAGAAUUCUUGUAAAUAAUUUUUUAAAAGAUUUCUUAAAAUUGGUAAUUUGAAAAUAAAUUUAUUAUUUAAUUGCC